AUGUACAAUAUUUAAUACGACAUUUAUUUUAUAAUAAUAGAGAUUAUAUUUUCAAGAGCCCUAAACUAUUCCACAAACCGAUACGACCGUUGGCUUGGGAUUCAAACUUCUACCUCUGAUUCUUCAAAUUUCACCUCAUAAAUCAAACUUCUCAGAUUUCAAUACACCCACAACACAACAAGAACAAGAAAAUAUCUGAAGAAUCAAUUCAAGAAGCCAUGAGAUUCCACUUUCAGGAAUCCAAAUCCACCAUCAACGAUGAUGAAGAAGAUAAUCGUGAAAACAGCUGCUACUACAAUGGGUGCAAGAGAAACGCCAACUGCAACUGUGAAUUUUGCAUAGCCAGUAUCAACGCAACCCUUGAUCUCGUACCUAAUAGCUCCUUAACCAAGUUCUCUUCUUCCAAACCCAAUUUCAAUACCUACUCUCCAAUCACCUUUGAUUCUUCCGUUUUCAACACACCAAGAAACCCUUCUAGCUGUAUAACACCACCGGUCAGUCCUGUCGUCAAAUCGAGUGCUAAAUCGAAUCAGGUUCAGAGGAUGGAGAUGAAGAACGAGGGUAAAAAGAGGUUUUUUUACUCGGGUGUUGGUGUGUUGAAUGUGGUGAUUGUUUUGGGGUUUCUUUUGCUUGCUGAUUUUGUUUUGUCGAGGGCUGUUUCUGUGAUUUAUCAGCCUUCUUUGUCGUCGGAUUUGGUGAAAAGGGUCGGUGAGAAAUGUCAUGAAAUUCAUGAUUUGAAUGGAAAGUUGAGAUUUUUGCAGAAAGAAUUGGGGAAUGUUGUUCAUGGAAGAGUUUCAAACUGUAGUUUUAAUGAUAGCUCGUGGGAAGUUAGCCAGGAUGGUCUGUUAUUGAAUUCAAGAUGCAAAUUGUACAAAUCAGCAAUGGAGGAGGUUACAAUUUGGGGUUGGCCUCUUCAAACAGCUGGAAUGAUCACAACCGGGAUGUCUGUUCGAACCCUAACUAUCUUAUCUGGAAGAGUUACUGAGUGGAAAGAUGGACAAGUUAGCUAUUUGAUUAGAAAGGCUAAUACCUCAUGGAUACAACCAGAAUGGGGUGCCUCUGUACUUCAACUAGAUCCUAACACUUGGGUUCUUGAAUAUCAAAGGAGCUCUAUUGUUGAUGGUAAAGGAUUGUUUUCUGCAGCAACGGAGUUAUUCAAAUACAGAAUCUCAAGGAAUAUUGGCAAGAUGAAGAAAAAUCUCUGGCUGUUUGCUCUUAGUUUUGAAGAUAAUGGUAGCUACAAUUGGUUCACAACAACAAACUAUGAGUCUAAAACCCCAACAUGAAGUGAAUAGUAACUAGACUUGGGAGUUAAAUCAAUCUCAAUCAGCACAACACCCUCAUGUCUUGUGAGAAGCUCCAAGAUCUUUACUGUAAAGGUUCUUUUUGACUUUGAUUUUAUCUGUCAAUUCUUGAUCAACAAUAUAUUUGGAACCUCUUAGUAGUAGUGUUCACCUUUGAGUAUAAUUUUAUCUUGAUUCAUUCAUUUUUAUUGUUAUAAUCAACAACCAUGAUCCUCAUCCAUUAAAGUAGCCUAGCAUAGCUACUUCAGUGUCAUAUGAGUUAUAAAGCAAAACCUGGUUCAACCAAAAAUAUGUCAAAAGUAAGCAACUUAUAAUGUAUAUAACUCUUGCAACUUUGCAAGCCCAAUGUAUUUUAUAAAGGG